CAGAUUUCUCUGAGUUUCUCUCAUCUUGUUUCCUGCUUUUCCUAAAAGCCUGAGUAUAUGAAUAUCCUUUUUCCUGCAGGUGUUAGUAACUUCUUUAUCCUUCCGGACAUUCUCAACAAUCAUUGCCUUUCAGCUGCAUGGAGAAGUGGCAGCUCACCCUUAGUGUCACUGCUGGGUUCCCAAGCAGCUGGAAGGACUGCUGCUCUUUAGGCCUCCCUGGGAGUUACUCUGGGAUGGAAAUUCUCAGCCUCAACUGGAGUUUAGCAACGGAAUGUCACCCUUUCGAGAGUAGAGACCUGUUUUGCUUACUGCUAUAUUCCUAAUGUAGUAAUCAGUGCGAGGGGAGCUCUUGCCCUGAAUGAAUCCAAGUAACCCCGGUGGUUGCCUUCUGAAAUGACCAGCAGACACACAUCUGUACGGAGGCUACCCAAAGCGUAAACUCUGGUUCUAAUGUACCAUGUCCAGCCAAGGAAGCCCUGGUGAGGAGUUUUCUACGACAACAGUCAGUUCAGUAGCUGUGCAGGCUGGGGACUCCAAAAUCGUUAUAGCCAUCAUAAAGUGUGGCAAGUGGGUACAACUUCAAUUGGCUGAAUCACAGCCCAAUCUUCUGGAAAUUGGAAGCAAUCAAGAUGAAACCAAAAAACUUCUUCAUGAUCAUGAACUUCUUUUGGCCAAGCUUAAGGCUUUGGAAGACCGAGUAUGGGAACUCCUGCAGGAAGCAGACAAGACGGCUCAAGAGAACAAGGAUCAGAGCCAGGUCUAUGAUGCCAUGGCCAAAACUCUGGGUGAAGCAUGGGCAGCCCUGGUCUCCAUGCUUGAGAGAAGGAGGGAGGUUCUCAGGUUGACCUCUGAAUUUUUUGAAAAUGCCUUGGAGUUUGCCAUUAAAAUAGACCAAACGGAAGAUUUCCUCCAGAACACUCAGGAGUUUGAGAGUGCCGAGUCCUUGAAAUCACUCCUUCAGCUUCAUGAACAUCACGCCAAAGAACUCUUAGAACGAUCUCUAGCCCUUUUAAACAAAAGUCAACAACUCACUGACUUCAUAGAAAAAAUCAAGUGUGAUGGACCUAUUGUGAAUCCCGAGAUGAUUCAGGGAGCUCAAAACAGCUGCCUGAAGAUUGACAGUCUUCUUGAACUUCUCCAAGACAGGAGACGGCAAUUAGACAAGUACCUGAAGCAACAGCAGCAGGAAUUGAGUCAGGUUCUGCAGAUAUGUCAGUGGGACCAACGAGAAAGUCAGGUUACUUGUUGGUUUCAGAAAACCAUAAGAGAUUUACAGGAACAAAGUCUAGGUUCAUCACUUUCAGACAAUGAGGAGCUAAUUCGUAAACACGAGGAACUGAUAAUGAAAGCAAAGGAAUGGAAUUCCGCAGUGGAGAAGCUGAAGAGUGAGGCACUGGGGAUUCUGCUCUCCAAGGAGUAUGUGGAGAAAGAACACCUACAGCUGUCUAACCAGAAACUGAAUUGGCUUCAAGAGGAAUUUGGUCGGCUCAUGGUGGAAAGGAAAACCUGGUUAAAAAAGGCAAAUGAUUUUUUUAACAGCGCGAACAAGGCAUUUGAUGUACUUGGAAGAGUUGAAGCUUACCUUAAGCUCCUUAAAUCAGAGGGUUUAAGUCUGCCUGUCUUGGCAGCGAGGCAUGAGGAAUUACACAGAGAAAUUAAAGACUGCACAGCUGAUGCUUUGCAGGAGGGACAAGCCUUAAUCAACCAACUAGCCUCCUGCAGCUCUCGGGUGACCGGUGUCCGUGAGAUGAUGGGAUGCAUCAAGAGGCGAGUUGAUCAUCUGACUGAACAGUGUUCAGCGCACAGGGAAUUUGCUCUUAAUAGACAGCAAUUAACAGCCUCAGUGGAGGGCUAUUUAAGAAAGGUGGAAAUGUCCAUUCAGAAAAUCAGCCCAGUAAUUUCUAAUGCAAUGGAUGUCGGUUCCAGCCUUUCUGAAUCAGAGAAGAUUUUGAGUACAUAUCUGGAACUAGAUAAACAAGCUAAGGAGACAUCACAUGAAUCAGAAGCAGCUGCAAAACUCUUGACAGAGAAAAAUGAUUUUGAACCUGAUGAAGUGGCAUCGCUUUCUUCUAAAGCUAAGUGGCUAGAGGAAGAAUUAAACAUACUUGGCCAAAGCCUCAGCUCCAGGUCACAAGUCCUGCAAACUUAUGUGGCAUUUCUAAAGUCAUCAGAGGAGGUAGAGGAGCAAUGUCAGGGCCUAAGGGAGUUUUACCAAACUGAUAUCCUGCGAAAGGAAGAGGGUGUUGCUGAAGUUGAGCGUCACUCUGACUCAGUGGAGAAGCAGUGGCAGCUGUUUUUAAAGAGGAGCUUUUUAACUCAAGACCUCGGGCUCAAGUUCCUUAAUUUAAUAAAUAUGGCAAAAGCAAAUGAAAUAUUAAAUGUGAAAAAUGAAGUACACAUUAUGGAGAACACUAUGCAAAGCCAGAAGGCAGAAAGGGAGGAACUCAGCCGCCUUCGGAUAGCCUGGCAACUUAAAGCCGCUGCAAGCAAGCCCGUGAAACAGCGAUGGGGAGCGUUCAAAGAGCAACUUAGAAAGACUACUCACAACUUAAAACUUCUUCAGGAAGCACUUAUGCCUGUGUCUACACUUGACCUUGGAGGGAGUCUCCAGACCAUUUUAGGUCUACAGAAAAAAUGGAACGAAAUGAAACCUCAGUUCCAGCAACUGAAUGAUGAGGCUCAAUACAUUAUAAAAGAGUCAGAAGAGUUAAGUGGCAAAGGAGCCUCUGUGAAAGAGAAGUCUCAACAGCUGAAGGACCUAAUUCACCUCCAUCAAAACCAGAAAGAGAGAAUCCAAGAUUUCGAGGAGAUCCUGUAUAAGAUUGUCCAGUUCCACCAAGUCAGAGAAGAGCUGGGACGACUCUUCAGAUCAAGAGAACUGGAGUUUCUACAACAGCCAAAGGAAAUGGUUGAUGCUCACGAUGCCCAGGUUCUCCUCAGUCGCUCUCGGGAAAAGCAGGCACACAUAGACCAUCUCCAUAAACUGGCUCUUUCCUUGGGGGUGGACGUCAUCUCGUCAGUUCAGCGGCCUAACUGCUCUAAUGUUUCUGCAAAGCACCUGCAGCAGCAGCUGGACAUCCUUGAGGGGGACAGUCUGAACUGGCGUGCCCAGGCUGAAGACCACGAGCGGGCCCUGACCCGCAGCCUGGAGUUCUGUACCGCAAGGGAUGAGAUGAGCGAGCUCAAAGAGUCAUUCAAAGACAUCAAAAAGAAAUUCAACAAUUUGAAGUUUAAUUACACUAAGAAAAAUGAAAAAGCUCGAAAUCUAAAAGCUCUCAAAUAUCAAAUUCAACAAGUAGAUAUGUAUGCUGAAAAAUUACAGGCUUUGAAAAGGAAAAUGGGAAAAGUUGAGAAUAAGACUUUUUUCUUAAAUUAUCCAAAUAAUAAAGUGAAUGUCCUUCUGGAAGCCAUGAGGGAUUUGCAGAAAUAUGUGGAUGAGUUUGACAAAGCUGUGACAGAUUACAGGAAGAAUUUGGACCUGACUGAGCAUCUCCAGGAGUUGAUAGAAGAGUGUCACUUUUGGUAUGAAGACGCAAGUGCCACAGUUGUAAGAGUUAGAAAAUAUUCCACAGAGUGCAAGACCAAGGAAGCUGUGGAGAUUCUCCUUCAGCAGUUCAAAAAGUUUAUCACACCCUCAGUGCCUCAGCAAGAAGAAAGGAUUCAGGAAAUCAAUGACCUGGCUCAGCGCUUAUAUGGUUUUGAAGAAGGGCAGAAAUAUGCUGAGAAAAUAGUGGCCAAACACAAAGAGGUUCUUGAAUCUGUUACUGAAUUAUGUAGCUCUCUCACAGAGCUUGAAGAAAAAAAGGGAAACGUUUUAAAGAUGAAUCUGAAUUUGGAAGGCUUCCACGAUGAUUGCAUUGACCUACUAAAAGAACCAGGGAGAAAUAAGCAGACAAUAUUCAAUAAAGGAAGGAAUAAGGAGCACGCCAAGCCAGUGGACGACUUGGCGGUCAAUAGAGCAGGAGAGGGUCAACUUCCACGGGAAGUGAAGCAGCUGGUCCCCGGCCCAGAGGGUGCUGUCCAAGGCCUGCUCCUGCCCGUGGAUGUGCUUUCAGGAGAAGAAUAUGACUGUGUCUCGCCCGAUGACGUCUCCCUGCCUCCGCUCCCAGGAAGCCCCAGUUCCCUCCUCGCUCUGUCUGACAUGGAGCUGGAGGCGCGUGCCCUCCCGUCCCUCUGCCAGCACCUAAGCGGCCACGGGAUGCAGACAGGGACCAGCGGUCCAGGGGAGGCCCCGGAAUCUGGCCUUCCGCCACCUGCUGCUUUUGCUGAUGCUUGCAAUGAUAGGAGAGAAACAUUUUCAAGUCAUUUUGAGAAGCCUUCCCCCCAGUUCCAAGCUGAGCCCCCAUUAACAUCCCGAAGAUUUCUGGAAGAGAGUACUGACUUCCACAGAAUCAGUGUUAAACCUCCAGAGAGCAUGUGCAGUGAAGUGCAUGCGCGAGCUUUGCAACAGCACCCCCAGGCUCAGGGAAGUUUGCUAGAAACACCGGAGAAAACGCAUGCUGAUAAUAACGUCACUAAAACCCGACAUAGGCUGCAUGCUUCCCAGGAUGCAUGCUCGGGCCUCGGGUUUCAGCCAGGCCCCAGCCAGGCCUGUCAGAGGCAAAUGGUUCCCAGAGAAGAGAUUAAAGUUACCUCAGCAAAGAACAGCGUGGUCAGCCUAGCUGGCCAGGCCCCUAAUUUCUCCAGGCUCUUGUCUAAUGUAACUGUCAUGGAAGGUUCUCCAGUGACUUUGGAAGUUGAAGUAACAGGAUUUCCAGAGCCUACACUGACAUGGUACAAGAAGGGCCAGAAAUUGUCUGCAGAUGGGCACUUGCAGGUUUUACACAAGGAGACAAGACAUUCGGUGUUCAUUCCGAAGGUAUGCGAGGCAGAUGCGGGCCUCUAUGUGGCUCGGGCCCAAAACUCUAGUGGCAUUCUCUCUUCCAAUAUCAUCCUCCACGUGACAGGUAACCGCAGGCCACCCAUCACAAGAAUAAACUGGAUCCUGCUGAGUGUCAUCUAUGUUAGCGUGUCCCUAAUGUACUGGCUACUCACACAGUAACUGCGCGGUUGGCACCAAUGGGCGUCAUUCUUAUGAGCCUAAAGGAUAACAAUACUGCUGUUUAUUUUCCUGCAUCUCCCACCAAGCAUCCCCAACCAAGUAUCCCCCACCCAGUGUACCCAGUGUACCUCCAUUCUGGCCGUAUUGCUUUUUUGGAAUACCACUGCUCGGUGAAAUAAUCAAAUUUUCUUUAGUGCUUUAAUGUAUUUGAAGAGCUCAGUAAAUCAUUAGCAGCGAAUAAGGAUACAUCUUGUAUUCUCAAAAGAGAUGUGUUCAGUAUAAAACACAGUCAAAUUAUACUAUGUUUAUUCCCUCCUAAUUUAAGAGCAUUCAGUUCAAGUCUCACAUCAGCAUGCAGAUGUGUUUUAUUUCAAAUCCAACCGUUUGAUUAUCUAUUUUUAAUUGUACGCAUAAACAUCUCUUUGUAGAAUAAGAGUAGAAAUGUUGAACUAAAAUUGUAAUUUUCAUUAUUGCAUAAGAUGUCGUUUAAUUUUGCUUUUCAUGUCUUGAUCUCAUUUAUUGAAAUACAUUCUAUGUAAUUUCAACAUAGCCUACAUUCCUGAGUCCGAGGAUGGCACUGCAAAUAAUCAUUCCUCCUGUUCAUCUCAUGGGUUUGACAUUGGAGAAUAGAUGUGCUGUUAGCCUUAAAUGGAGUUUGAAACCUCCAUCAGCUGUGUGUGUCACAGAGCAAGAUAGAGCAUAGCCGCAGAGGUGGACCAACAGUAUUCCUGUCCUUCCGUUGACAUGUUUUGGGCAGCCACGUGUAUACAGCUGCAACCGGCUUCUCCUGCUUCUAAUCUUGAUUCUGUUGCUGACCAUUUUUACAGCCUGUGGGAAGGCAUAGUAGUGCCUCAGUUUCCCCUUUGGCAAAUGGGUUCAUCAUCUACCUCUUGGGCAACUGAAGGUUUUCAUUUCAUGUCUUGUAAAGAUCUGGAAAAUGGAAAAUACUCUAUGAAGACUAAGGGUAAUUAAUUGUAUUGCUUACUGUAAUUUGUCAUCACACUGCCUUCUGCCCACUGUUUUCUUUCAGAUAUUGUUUCUUUUGAAUAUUAACUUAAAGGAUGGUGUUAGUAUGUGAUUUCCAACUAUUUCCAUAUAGGAAAAUGAUGUUUUCUGAAUUGGAGCUUAAAUUCCUUUCUAAUUUCUUAAGACUAUAUCUUUUUCAAAGACUUGAAAUUAAACUCAGGGGGAUAUAUUUAGUAAGAUCUUGGGAGAGAAAAAGUAUAUAAUAGGAUGACAAGAUAAAUUCUAUCCUUUUCUUAUAAUUACCACUGUAAUAUUGAAGAAUGUUCUGUGCCUUUCUGAAAUAUAUUAUUCAGAAAAGAGGAUCAUCAUUUUAGUGCCUUUAAAAAAUAAACAUGUAUAAGAGAGGCAUUUGUUUUUAGAUUUUAAAUGUAGUCUUGUCAUGUUAGGGUAAAAUCUUUAGUUGAAAGAAUAUUCAUUAUAGAUUUUUGAUGAAGGGGAGGCAUUAAUUAUGUUGCUGUAAAGCCUGUCUACAAAUAAUAAAAAUAUUUAAAUUUAAUAUAUUCAAGUCGGUAUUAAAAAGUUACUGGAUAUUAACUGAAGAUGUGAAAUGUGUGGCUAAGUAAAAAGUUGGCACAUAUUUUCUUGUGCUGUGUAUUCAAUUUAAUGAAAAAACUUAAUCUCUUAAUUUUCUUAAAAAUUUUGACAGAAACCUAUUAAAAGCUUAUAUAUACAGCAUCCCAGGGAAUUCAUAGUCUCUUAAUUCUCCUGUCCUUUUUGUCCAGUUUCAAGUAUUGUGCAUAUCUUGCCAAAUUGCUAUUCCCAUUUGAAGCUAAAGAGUAAAACCUACUUAUGUCCAAAGAGGGCCAGCAGGACCAGGUCCUUUGGAGACACAACCUUCCCAGGAAGCCUUCUGACCCAUCAAGUCCAGUGUAGAUGUUCCUGCUAUGUGCCCUGUCAGCACCUGAGCUGACCAUGUCACGUCCCUUAAUAGUUGCAUGGGAAUCGCACAUGUGAGCAUCUGUCUCCUGGCUAGAGCGAGAGAUCCUUAUCAGCAGAAUCUGUGACAGCCCUGUUCGUCAUCAUACCCCCAGCACUUAAGGCAUAGUCACACACUCAGUAUUUCUUGAAUUGUUGUCAGAGAGGACUGUACUGGUUGAAGUGUCAGGGUGAGCCCUAAAUCCACAACUGGUGUUCUUGUAAGAAGGCCAUGACAGACCUGGAGACACAGAAGAGACACAUGGGAAAAGGCCAAGUGAUGACAGAAGCAGGUUGGUGUAAUGCAGCUGCUGCAAGCCGUACAACACCAGAGGUGGCCACCACCAGAAGUGAGAGGAGCAACGAAGCAUUCUUCCCUAGAGACUUCAGAGAGAGCCUGGUCCUACUGAUGCCUUCAUUUUGGACUUCUAGCCUUUAGAACUGAGAAAGAAGAAAUUUCUGUUGUUUUAAGCCAUCCAGUUUGUGGUAUAGUCCUCCUUCAGUAUCCCUGGGGGAUUGGUUCCAGGAUACCUCCUCCCCCCACAGAUACCAAAACCCACCAGUGCUCAAAUCCCUUACAUAAAACAGCAUGGUGCAGUGGGACCCUCCUUUAUCCACAGGUUCUGCAUCAGCAGCUACUGAAGACCGACUGUUCUUUGUUACAGCAGCCUGAGGAAACCAAUGCAAAAUGUUUUAGAAAAAUCCAUACACGUCUUUCUCUGGAAAAAAAAAUUCCCAGAGACAUUCACUAAUAGACAGCAACCAGUGCUGCCAAUAAGCACUCCCAGGUUGUGCUGCAAGGCCUCAGUUCUCUUCUUGAUUUAGGGGAUCAUCUUGGUAUAUUUCAGUCAAUCAGCAACUCUUCAUCUUCUACGUGAACAUUGUCCCCUAAGUAUACCACAGUGUACUAAAACCAGAUAAAGAUAUUAAAAUACAGCUAUAGGCCAAUAUCACUCAUGAAUGUAGACACAAAAAUUCUCAACACAGUACUAACAAAUCCAAUCCAACAGUGAAUAAAUAAACUUACACAAACAAGUGGAAUUUUUUCCAGGUAUGCAGGCUGGUCCAAUAUUCAAAAAUCAAUCAAUCCACCACAUCUACAGGCAAGAGAAGAAAAAUCAUAUGAUUAUAUCAAUUGCUUCAGGAAUGACAUUUGAGAAAAUUCAAUAUGUGUUCAUGAUAAUUUUUUUAAAACUCACAGAAAACUAGUAACAGAAGAAAUUUCCUCAACUUGAUAAAGAGCAUCUACAAAAAAACUAUAACUAACAUCAUACUUAAUGGUGAGAGACCGGACACUUUCACCCCAAGACUGGGAAGAAGGUGAGAAUGUCCUCUGUCAUCACACUCAGCCCACAUUGUACUGGAAGUCCUACCUAGUGAAUAAGACAAGAAAAGGAAACAAAAGUUCUGCAGAUUGGAAAAGAAGAAAUAAAAUGCUUUUGUUUACAGAAAGCAUGGUUUUCUCUCUAUAAAAUCCCAAAGAAUCUUCCAAAAACUCUUAGAACUAAUAAAUAAAUAUAGCAAGUUCACCAAAAGCAGACGGCCUGCACCAAUGGUAUCCAGGAGAAAGGCAGGGAGUUAGCAAUAAAAGAAUCAUGGUGAAUCAGGCAUCUUUUGAGGCCAAGGCAAAAGGUGGGCAACCUGAAUUUGUCUCUUUCCAACAAUUGAUUACAGACAUCAUGGAUACUUGUAAUCUAGUUGCAACAUCUCACACUUUAUUUUUCUUGCAGCUUCCUGCAUUAUUUUGGGGGGUUUUGAGAGAGGUAAAUUAUUUGAAGGAGACAGUGCUCAACAGAGCAAGGGAAUAUUUGAUGUGGAACAUAAACUUUAUCAUUGGCUGCCAUUGUCAUUAUCACUGAAAGAGAAAAAUUAGAAAGACAUUGUAAUUACAGUGUUGUAAAGCUGAGCUUUCCCCAACAAUAACAUAUUAAUAUUAGAACAAAAGGAGUCCUUUUAGCCUCUGACCUCAAAUCCCAGAGUGGAUGAUUUAUCAGUUGGUACUGUGCUGCACUACAAGAAUGAAUGUAUCUCCCGUGGAUAAGUGCUUUUCCUAUCAGCAAGGAUGGACUCAUGCUGCUAGUAUAUUCCUAAGGCUUCUUGAUAGAAAUCAGAGCUAAAAUAUGUCAGCCGUUAUAUUAUACUUUCAAAAGUAAUCAGUUUCAUAAAGUCAUAUAUUGGUCUAUUAAUUAAUUAAAAGAUGGAAAACAAAUGACUACUUUGGUACCUACAUCUAACAGGAAACUUCAAUGAAACUAAUUAUUUUGUAUUUUCUAGAUGGUAACUAUAAGUACUUUCUUCAUUUCCAUGUUCUUGAAGGUAAUUUUUGGUCAUAUAUAUCAUUUGUCUAAAACGUAAUUGGUGUUAUAUGUUACCACUUAAAAGAAAACUAACUGGUGUACCUCAAAGGCCAAGUAUUAAACUUACAUUUUAUCAAAUGAUUUAUAAAUUUAAUCAUAUAAACAGUGAAGCCCUGUUACAACUCCAUCCAGGACUUAUAAAUGGAUAUGCAAGCAAAGCAGUCAUAGUUUUAGUUCAAACCUAUGGCAGCAUAUUAUAUAAUUGCACAAAUAUUGAUUUACUAUAUUACAAUUAAAAAUGGAUCGUGAACCAUGAAGAAUGACUCAGGCUUAACAGAGUGUACAUGUGGGAGUCAUGACCACAGUCUAAGGUUAUGGGGCUGGCUUUCUUGACAGUUGAAUCCCAUUCUUCUGUGCUCUGACUCUAUCCCGUCAUAGGUAAAAAUUCAGUAAGUUAAGGGAUGGCACCAUCUCACAAAGAACCUCAGAAUUAGGAAAAUCUAUAUGGUUUCUUUAAAUGUGAGAAAUUGUUGGUAGCAGUCAUGCAGCACAGUGUGUCACAUGUCAUUAAUGUCAUUGUGAAUUAAUAAAAACCUUUUCAAGAGUUUUGGAUCUUGGUGCUGUGUAUGUGUGUGUGUGUGUGUGUGUGUGUGUGUGUGUACACCUAUUUCUUAGUAUGAGUUCUUAUCCAUAUGAAUUAGGUAAUAUAUAAAAUUCCCAGGUGAUGUAUGAUUAAUCAGGUUAGGAAAACACCUCUUGUUAAUGGUACCAGUGCCAUGAGGAACUGAUGACCAAGAGUUAAAAUAGACAUUUCUUAUUUUAACAGUGGUAUAAUACAGACAUAUAUUUAUGUGCAUGCCACAAGAUAAAAUACUCAGCACAACUCUCCAGUUUUUUAAAUGUAUGAUUAAAAACCGGUG